AUGGCGCCCAUCCCAACCAUCCCGCUUGGCGGCAGCGCAUCCUCCAUCGCCGUCGGCCGCGUCGCCUUUGGCUGCAUGGGCAUGUCGUGGUGCGACCCCUCGCAGGCUACCCCCGACUCGCAAGCCUUCGAGACCAUCCGCACUGCCGUCGAUUCCGGCUCCAACUUCCUCAACACGGGCGCAUUCUACGGCCCCCAGUCGGACCCGUAUGCCAACCUCAAGCUCCUCCGCCGAUUCUACGAGGCUCAUCCGGAGUACAAGGCCAAGACGGUCCUCUCUGUCAAAGGCGGCAUGUCGAUCUCCGGUUACAAAGAGAAGGGGAUGGGCGGGUUGCAGCCGGACUCCUCCGUUGAAGGGUUGGAGGCGGAUCUGAAGGGAAUUCGCGAGCAGUUGGGCACGGACCAGGGUGGUAAGGAGAUCGAUGUCUACGAGAUGGCUCGUCGCGAUCCGCGUUCCAGCGUGAAGCAGAUCAUGUACAACAUGCUUGCCUUGUCCAGCGAGACGUACACGGAUGAGAACGGCAAGCAGGUCAAAGGCAAAGGGCUCUUCGGUCACAUCUCGCUGUCCGAGCUCGGACUGGAGAGCAUCAAAGAGGCGGUGAGCGUCGCACCCAUCGCAUGCGUCGAGCUGGAGGUCAGCCCUUGGGAACUCGACGCUUUCAACCUCGGCAUUGUGGACUACUGCGCGGAGCAGAAGAUUCCUAUCCUCGCCUACUCGCCGACCGGCAAGGGCAUCUUGAGCGGUAACAUCCAAAAACCCGAGGAUCUGCCCGAGAACGAUAUUCGUCGCCACAUGGAUCGACUCAACGGCGAGAACCUAGCCAAGAACCUCGAGCUCGCGAACGAGUUCAAGACGCUUGCCGCACAGCAUCAGCCCGAAGUGACACCCACACAGCUGGGUCUGGCCUGGUUGAUCAAGAGCAGCGACGUGCUGGUGCCUCUGCCCGGAACGUCCAAGGCUGCUAGGGCCAAGGAGAACGCCGAUGCGGCCAACAUCGAGUUGGAUGCGCAGACGAUGAAGAAGUUGGACGACAAGGUGAAGCAGUUCAAGACGGCCGGUGGGAGGUACAAUAAGGCUGCCAGGGACCAUUUGGCUCUGUGGGGUUGA